AUGGCGAGCGCUCCGCCUCCGUACUACUGGCUGCGUAAAUUGCGAUCCUUUUUUGUAUUACACGACCGUGACUUAGAUGGUGUAAUAAGCAGAGAGGAUGUUGUAGACUACCCCGUCAACCGAGCGAAAACAUUCCUUGGAGAAACUAAAGCCAAGGACCUCGAAAUCCUACUAUCGCGUGCAUGGGCUGAUUUUCUCGGAGGAGAUAACCAGACUGCUACGUUCGAUGCCAUCAUAGGAAACUUUGCCCGCACUUUCACCGAUCCCAAUUUCAGCGACGUUAACAGCAAGAUGGCCGAGCUGAUGUUUACCGCCGUUGACAUUAACAACGACAAUAUGGUGACUCUUGAGGAGUACAUCAGAGUUCUGGAAUGCUUUGGAGUACAUCCCCUGUCGGUCAAGCCAUCUUUCGAGGCUCUGGACGCCAAUAAGGAUGGUCUGAUCAGCAAAGAAGAAUUCAUCGAAGCAGCCGUACAGUAUUUUCAAUGUACUUGCGAGAGUCCUGGGGCCCUAUUUUGGGGACCACUCAGAGCCUAA